AUGCUCGUCAAGGGCCAGAGCCACUUCCUGCACCUCGUGCCACGGGCAGCAGGCCAUAAAGGUCUCUGCGAGGUGCUCGUGCACCUUGGCCCGGCCGCGCUUGAUCUCGAGAGGCUCUCCAACGAGUCAGACGGUGUCCGCGACGUUGCCAUGCACGCUGGUUCGAUCGUCGUCAAUGCCCACGCGCUUUCCAACUUGCUUGCGCUCGAGGCCGGUAUCUUCGACGACAACUGGCGCAUUCGUGAGUCGCCGAUCUCGCUCCUUGGCGACUUGAUGCACUGUGUCAUGCCCGAGGUUGGCCCGAUCCUGCGCGCGGGCCUCGACCCGAUGGACCCCGCCGAUAUGCGCCAGGGCUACUGCUUGGGUCUUGCCGAGGUCAUCCAGUGCUCGCCCAAGAAUCAGCUUGAAGAUUUCGUGGAGAUAUUUGUCGUCGAAGACGCUCUUUGCGACGCACUGCCCGAGGUCCGCCGCGCGGCCGGUGAUGCGUUUGACGUCUUCCACAAGGGCAUGGGCUACCGCUCGAUCGACGAGCUCAUUCCACGCCUCCUCAAGCGUAUCACGUCGGUGUACGACCUCGUAUCACGUCGGUGUACGACCUCGUCCAAGAGUGCUCAAGGUCAAAUCGCGCGACAUGCGUCCGUACCUCGCACCACGCUGCUCACAACGCCAACGGCCUUGUCCAACAUCCAAGCGAUUGUGUCCGUCUCGGGUGCAGUGCUGCAUUGCGACAUAUACCGCCUCCGCAAAUCAGCACGUUCAACCUCUCUCCAUCACUAGCGACUUGUAGUGGGCCGUUGAAAAUAAUCCCAGCAUUCUCCAACAUUUUCUACAUUUUGGCCAUGCACCGCUACGGCGGGCGUGAGGUUUGUCGAUCCCAAAUCGAAACUUUUGCAAC